GGUUAAUUAUUAGGUGCAACUUCUCACCUGCCACAAACACACCUUCUCAAGUGAAUGUGUUUGAACUGUAAGGUUUCAUACAGCGUGGAUGUAUAUGUUAUUCCCUCAAUAGAAGUAAUCUAGACAGAGAAACAUAGCAAAAGCGAGAGAUUACCCGAUUAAGGACAUGCCCCCCCUACGACUCCAGUCUACCGUUCCGUAUAUCGUAUUCGUAUAGGAAAGACGAGUGUUUUAAGAAUGGAAAAUGGCGGCCGAUCAACACUAACGAUGACAUUCAAACGGCAUUUUCUUCUCCAAAAUGCCGCGUAAGAAGCCGCACACAGAAUCGGAAGACGUCUUACAAAUACGAUGCAUGUGGGAGACUGUUUCUGUGUUCCAAUUCGUGGGGCUUUUCCGAUCUAAAUUCCAAUUUACUCAGUUUGACUUGGAGGAUUUUGAAUACAGUUUGGCACAAGAGGAGAGCAUAUUGGUUGCAGAUAUUUUUGCAAGGCUGCUUCGCUUCUCACUCCAACGUACAGAUAUUCAAAUAUUCAACUGGGAGGGAUAUAUUCAGCGCUUUGUUCAAGACAGGGCACCUCGCAGCAAAGACUUUUUGAUUAAAUUCCCUUACAGGGGGCUCAACCCAAGUGACAGGUUGUUGUUACUGAAGCAGGUUGUGGAUACUGUUUAUGCUUGUCAUGCAGAGGAUUUGAGUGACUAUCUUGAUGAUUACUACAGCCCCAAUGAUAUGCGCUUUCUGUCUAUUGGUCAAGAUGCUGUGAAUAAUCAAUAUUGGUAUUUUAAUGAUUUGAGAUUGUAUAAAGAUCAAGUUACACCUAAGAAAGGGAAGUCAGCUUGGCAGUGUAUUUGUAGCUGUUUGGAAGAGUGGCAAGCAUUUCUCAAGACAAUCAGUAAGAGUGAACACCCUGAUGAGAUCUCCUUGUAUCAUUACCUUCAUGAUGAAGUAAUACCACUUAUCCAGGGAGCAUUGGAGGACAAAAAGUUGAAGGCAAAACAAAGACGAAAGCGUUUGAAGCAAGCAGCUAAAGAAGGGAAAGAAGCCGACGUACUGCGGGAAUACAGUCUGCCACAAAUUGACUACCAAGAAGUGUUACGGAAAGAAAGAGAAGAUAUUGUUAAGAUGUCUGAUGAACUAACCAAGCUGGCCCAGUUGGCUAAUAGUGCUGACCUACAAGUUACUACACAGACACUACACUCGCCUUCAUUACCAACAAUCAAAGAAGAAGGCAUGAUAAGGAAGAGGUUAGAAGACAAUGGACUGCAAGGAGAUAAUGAUCUAGCAGCCAAGAUGUGCAUGAAAGCUGAUAAGACUCGCACUAGAAAUAAGAUGAUGAAAGAACCUGAUGAAGAUGACUCGGUAUUCUUACCUGAUCAUGCUGGAAAUGGAGCUGAGACAACAAAAGAUGAAAAAGUGCCACCUCGAAGCAAGCGGAAAGGUGAAGCUAAAGUAAAGGAGAUGGAUUGGUGCACUAAUGAUGCAGAUAACAUGAAGAUGAACAAAGUCAAUGGAGACAAGAAUCAAAUAUCAGAUGGUGCUGGAAUGUCUCCUCAUGUGAUGCAGUAUCAACAGCCAUCCCAUUUCCCUAUGGCAGGAAGUCAACAAGUGUUUGUAUUCUCAACACGUAUGGCUAACCAAGCUGCACAGGCCAUCUAUACUGGACAAGCUGACUCUAUAUUAUCCUAUCAUAGAUCCCAAGCUGCUCACAGAGACUACCUACAUCCUGAACAGGAUACGCUUCCAGAUGUGAUGCACCCACACAACAACAUGUCAACACAGAAUCCACAGCUUUCAACCUUGAAUCAAGUACAGCCUAUAAUGAUGGAUCAUAACAAUAGCAAUCCAAUGCAAGGUAUGCUGAUGAAUCAACAGGUUGAGCAUCAAUCAAUACCUCAUCAUCAAAUACAGCCAAUGGAAACUCUCAAUAAUGAACAUGCAAAUGUCAAAACAAGUGGUGGACGCAAGCGCCCAGAUAGACCAAAUUCAAUAAACACAGACAGUAAUAAUCCCAGUAAGAAUCCAACAGCUUCCCACAAAAAUGUGACAAGUGAUGGAAGUACAGGCAAACAAAGUGACUCCAAUGCUACCACUACCACAGUUACCACCAAAUCCAGUAAGUCCAAAUCAUCAAAGAGAAAGAGGCCUCCAUCCUCUUCACAACAGUUACAACCAAAUAUGACCCAAGGACCUCAGCUAUCUAACAUGCCUCCAGCGUCAAAUUUUGGAGCAUUUCCUCAACAACCUUUUGGACCGGGCCAGUUUCCACCCCAUCCACAGCAAAUGCCUGGAAUUGCAAACAUGGGAAUGCGACCUCCAUUACAAGGCACCCCGCCACAGUCUGGACCUCUGUUUCAAAUGGAGGCAACGGAAACAGAAAAUCUGGAUCCUAGUGCAUUGUGGGAAAAUCCUCCUUGCAACAAAAAGACUCCUAACCUUGCAAAUUUGGCUUGGCAACAGGAGCAACAAAUGCGAAUGAUGCAACAGCAACAGGGCAGUGGCUCUCAGUUACCCAUGAUGCAACAUGAGCAAUCUUCAAUGAUGUCUCCCUGUCAUGAGACAAUGAUGACGAACAGACCCUAUUCUGAAGGUAGUCAGUCACAGGAACAUCCUGAAAUGCCACCAUUUUCUCCUGCUUCUGGUCCAGGAAUGCCAUUUGAAAUGACUAACUAUAAGCCACCUCAGCAAAUUGACAAUCCCACACCAGAGCAGUUGAGACAUAGAGAGGAAAGAUUGAGAACUCUGAAAGAAAUGCAACGCUUGCUGUUUCCUGAGGAGCAUCAAACUAGGUCUCCUACCCCUGGGCGAAUGGUGUCACCUAGUGGAGGAAUGGGCUCACCACCAGGUAAUAUGAUGACCCCAGGACCUGCAAUGAUGAGACCACAAGGACCAACAGGUAUGAUGGGACCUCAACACAGACCCAUCAUGCACCUACCUAAUAUGGGACCACAUCCUAACAUGGACAAUCCAGACCCUGCAAUGGGGUUGUCACCAGAGCAUCGUAUGGCUCAAGAGCAAAUCAUCAUGCCUCCACCACCAGAUUGGGAUAACAUGACACCACCACAAAAAGAAUGGUACAAACUUCAGCAUGAAUUUUAUGCAUUGAAACGAAGGAAAAUAGCUACAGAACAAAUGAAGAUUGGACAUGGCCCUAUACCUGAGCUUCAUGGAUCAGGAUAUCGAGAUCCUAUUGAUAUGGGACCUUAUCAUCAUGGAAUGCAAAGUGGACCUGGCAUAGGAAUUGGCAUGGGACCAGGACCUGGUGUAGGUCCAGGUAUACCACACGGACUUCCAGGAGAUCCUGGAUUGCCUCCAACAAUAAAUAGGUGUAUGCCAGGGGCGGACAUGGAUGUAUCAAAUCAGGGACCAGUGGGUCCUGGUAUGACUGGUUCUGGGAUGCCAGGUAUGCCUGGUCAAGGAAUGCCAAUGCCAGAUAUGCCUGGUGGUCAGACAGGACAAGGAAUGCCCCCACCACCUCCUUAUCAUGGAACUCAUAAUGCUGCCACACCUGCCAUGCCUAGGCGCUCCAGCCUCUCUGGGCCUGGUUCACUGGCAAUGAACCAAUCUACACCCUUUCCAAUGUCCCCUCAUCAUGUUCCACCAGGACAGCCAUCUCCAAGGUCCAACAGAACAAAUUCUCUUCCAGCCUCAGGAUCUGUUCCUCCUACCACUACUAGCCAAUUGUCGACUGGUCAGGUACCUACUGGAAAUGAAUUGAAGCCUAGCGUGAUUGCAUCAGGUAAAGUAACUACAGUUAUUACAAGUGGAAGCAUGCCAACAGGUCCUGUCCAAACUUCAGGAAGCUCAACUACCACAGGAUCAGUCACAAUUGGUUCUCAGCAAACACCAAGCACUCAGGCUGGCCCAGUAUCUCGUCAACCAAUGUCACCACAACAGGGAAGUCCAUUCAGACCCAACCACCAGCCACCUACACCAACAUCGGUACCAACUCCCAACCCUCCUGUUGGGGAUUCUACUAAGGCUAGUAAAGCACGUACUCCUGGUAGCAACAUUGACCAGUCGCCAAGACCCCCUCAAUCUGGAACACCUGCAGGUGAUGUACAGUCAGUUGUCAGGAUAAGUCAAGCUGGAGGAUCACAACCUGGAACCCCUAAUUCUGCUCCUAACAAUGGAAGUAGACAAAGUGUUUCUACACCAAGCAGUUUGACACCACCAACAGCAAAAUCUAACUCUGAAUCAAGUAAUUCAAAACCCAGUGAUGGACCUAAUGCACAAAUUCCACCCACCCAGAAGCCUUCAGAAAGUGUGGGAAGUGUGACAAAUACAUCUGCUCCACAACAAAGGCUUGUUAACUUUCCACCCAGCCAAUUGAAUAGAGAUAAAGCACCCAACUUCCCUCCACGAGGAGAAGACCUUCAACAGUAUGCAUCAACAUUUUAUCAGAAGGCUUCAAAAGAAUCAUCCAAAUCCAGUGGACGGUUACAGCAUUUUGGUCCAGGUAGCCCAGUCGGGCCAGAAAUGAUGGGCCAAACGGGCGAAAAUAUAAACUCUCAAUCGACAAUGUUGAGAUCCCAGCCAGAUAAUUCUCAACCUCAAAUAAUGCCUCCUCAACAAAGAAUGUUGACAGCUCAAAAUAGUGGAGUCUCACAACCUGAGUCUAUGACGACUCAAACAGGUGUCAUGCCAUUACAACCAGGAAUGAUGACAUCACAGUCCGCAAUGAUGACAUCACAACCAGGAAUGAAGACAUCACAGUCAGCAAUGAUGACAUCACAACCAGGAAUGAUGACAUCACAGUCAGCAAUGAUGACAUCACAGUCAGGAAUGAUGACAUCACAACCAGGAAUGAUGACAUCACAGUCGAGCAUGAUGACAUCACAACCAGGUAUGAUGACACAUCCAAGGAUAUCAACAUCACAGGAGAUGAGUUCCCAUCCAUGCAUGAUGUCACCACAAUCUGGUGCUAGUGUAGCGGAUAAAGGAUCCUCACACCUUGGAAUGAUUUCUCAUCCUGGAAUGAUUCGGCCACAGCAUCCAGAGAUGAUGACACCACAUGGAAUGAUGACAUCACAACAAGAAAUGAUGGCCUCCCAUCCAUCAGGAAUGAGUGGUAUGAUGUCACCACAACCUAACAUUAUGGCACCACAUGAUGCUAUGCAUCAUCCACCAGGAAUGAUGCAAACAAGAAUGCCAACGUCACAACAAAUGAUGUCACAAGCCAAUAUGGGGCCAAGACAAGGAUUAAUGAUGUCCCAAGCAAGAAUGGGUCCUCCACACGGCAAUCCUUGUAUGCCACCAGAGGAAAUGAUGUUAUCACAUGGAAAUAUGACAUCACAACCUGGAAUGAUGAUGUCACAUGGUGGUAUGGUGACUUCACAGGCAGGAAUGAUGUCACAACAGAGAAUGAUGUCAUCACAGCCAACUAUGAUGCAACAGCAAGGAAUGAAUGCACAGACAAGAAUGGCAUCCCGUAGUCCUAUUAUUGAGUCUCAUGGCAUGGGAUUUGAUCCUCAUCACCCUAUGGAUGGACCAAUGGGCUUUCACCCUAUGCAUGGCAAUAUGCUCAAUAAUACGGGAAUGCAGGAUAUGCGUGGAAUGCACAGUAUGCCUAACAGAUUCCCAGGACCAAAGCAAAUGCAAAGAAACUUAGGGGGUGCUCCCCCCACCAUGGGUCAUAGUGUUGGACCUAUGGGAAGGACUAGUGGCAUUGCUCCUGGUGGAUCACCUAUAAUGCAUAUUGAUGGUAACCCCCGAGAUUCCAAUUUAAUGCAGAGUGAAUCUAAGCCAAUAAGCCAAUCUCAAGUUGGGAGAAGCAUUCAUACGUCAUCACCUAGCCCAUUGUCAUUAUUACAGAGUCGCUUCUCACCACCGUUACUCCCAGAUGGUAAAGGACCAAAGCAAACAUUGCAAUAUUUCCCCCAGGGAAAUCCUACUCCUGCACCCCAAGCACAGUCUGGUAAUCCACACCUCAACCCAUCUAAUGCACCAGGACCACCGGGACAAGGACCAGCACCAAAACAAAUACAAAUGCCAUUCCCAUUAGAAAUGGUGACUGGAAACCCACCGUCUAUGACACCCUCGUUUGGGCCAUCCCAGCGUAUGCCAGGCCCAUCCGCUAGAAUGUGUGGUCCAGAGUCUAUGUAUCCACAGGGAUAUCCGGCAUCCAAUAGACCAAGACAACAACUACCUGGAUAUGUGGCAACUCCUCGUCAUUCAAUGCAAUAUAGUGGGCCUCCUAUGGGAAUGCCUAUGUCUAAUACUAUGGGUCAACAAAUGCCUUACCCGCCAGGGUAUGGACCUCAUGGACUACCAGGCUCCAAUAUGGCAAUGGGGGAGUCUAUUAUGCAUGGCUAUAAUAAUAUGCCCAAAUGAACCCUUGACAUGAGUAUGCCAGACUUACAAUGUGACUUUAAUACUAGCAUGGGAAUGCAGUAUUAACUGUUUGCUGAUUGGGAUUAUACAAGGAAGGAAUAACUGUCACUAAUAUAAAGGGAUCCAAUGGAUUUACAUUGUGUUGUACAUUGGUUGGAGUCACAGGUGUUAGAUACAUGGCUAAGUGAUGGCAGGGUUUAAUUAUAUUCAUUGAAUGUGUUGAAAGUAUGAACUACAUCUAGUGGAUAUGACAUCAAUUCAAGCAGCUUUAUCAUGUAAGUGUUUGCUGCAUGGCAUUUAACUCAGUGUAUGUGCAGCAUUGAUGAGUGCAACUAAAUCUUGUGGUAACUCUAUUGUUUGAAACACUUGCAAUGCACACAUGCAGAACCUUGUUAAGGUGCCUUUUGAAUGAACAUCCCAGGCUUUAACUUGGUGUGUUAUACAUGCACCAAAUGGACACUUGGUGCAAAGAAUAAUUUGAAUGGUCAAAUCCACUCUGAUGACUUGUAUGGUAAGAAAAUGUGCAAUUUGUUAGUAUUACAAAUCAGAAACAUAUCACAUUUCCCGUACUUAAGGGCAGUGGACACUAUUGGUAAUAACUCAAAAUAAUUAUUGGCAUAAAACCUUUCUUGGUGACGAGUAAUG